AGCAGAGCGCUCACUCGAGCGCGUGUAUGAGUGCGCGCGUGUGUGUGCGCGCGAGUCUAUCUCUCUGUGUGUACGUGAAAAAAAAACCCUAGACGUAAAAAGAUGUAAAAGAUGGCGGAGCUACAGAUGCUCCUGGAGGAAGAAAUUCCCGCCGGACGGACAGCUUUGCUGGAUAGUUUCACCAACCUCGAAAGAGUCGCCGAAUACUGCGAAAGUAAUUACGUUCAGUCUCCAGAUAAGCACAGAGCACUAGAAGAAACAAAAAACUACACAACUCAGUCCUUGGCCAGUGUUGCCUACCUGAUCAACACACUCGCUAACAAUGUGCUGCAGAUGCUGGAUAUCCAGGCGUCACAGCUUCGCCGCAUGGAGUCCUCCAUUAACCACAUCUCACAGACAGUGGAUAUACACAAGGAGAAAGUAGCAAGAAGGGAGAUUGGCAUCCUGACAACCAAUAAAAACACCUCCCGCACUCACAAAAUUAUCGCUCCAGCCAAUCCAGAGCGGCCGGUGCGUUACAUACGGAAACCUAUCGACUACAACUUGCUGGAUGAUAUUGGUCAUGGAGUAAAGGUCGGAAAUCAGAGCAUGAAGAUGGGUGGUCUUCCUCGGACCACCCCUCCGACACAAAAACCUCCAAGCCCUCCUAUGCCUGGAAAGGGGACCAUAGGGAGACACUCCCCCUACAGGACACUGGAACCAGUGCAUCCUCCUGUGGUUCCUAAUGACUAUGUCCCCAGCCCGACACGCAACAUGGCACCUGGGCAGCAGCAGAGUCCUGUGCGUACUGCGUCACUGAACCAGAGGAACCGCACGUAUAGUGGGAGCAGUGGAGGCAGCCAUCCCAGCAGUCGCAGCAGCAGUCGAGAAAACAGUGGGAGUGGCAGUGUGGGAGUGCCGAUUGCUGUGCCCACUCCCUCUCCCCCUAAUGCCUUUCCGGGCACUGCUCCUCAGUUCUACAGUAUGAACAGGCCUGUACCUAGACAGAUCACGCCCCCUGUUGGUGGCUCUCUGCCUUACCGCCGCCCGCCCUCUGUCAGCAGCCAGCCCUCUAUGCCUGCAAGCCAGCAGAACGGAGGGCCAUACUACAACCAGGGCCAAGCCUCAGUGGCACCCCCUCCCCCCUCCAUCCUGCAGAUUACUCCUCAGCUCCCUCUCACGGGCUUCGUGGCUCGAGUUCAGGAGACCAUUUCAGAUGCUCCUCCUCCACCUCCUCCUACGGAGGAGAGUAUGCUUCAAGAAGCGCAGCCUCCUCCUCCGCCUCUGGAGGAUUAUGAAGAAGAGGAGUCCUCGGUGGUGGAAUACAGUGACCCAUACGCUGAGGAAGACCCACCUUGGGCUCCAUGUGCUUACUUGGAGAAAGUGGUGGCAAUCUAUGACUACACGCAAGACAAAGAGGACGAACUGUCAUUCCAGGAAGGCGCAAUCAUCUACGUUAUCAAGAAGAAUGACGAUGGUUGGUAUGAGGGUGUGAUGAAUGGCACUACUGGACUCUUCCCUGGUAACUAUGUGGAGUCUAUCAUGCACUACAGGGAGUGAAGCUUGAACCAGUGCGGUCAGCACUAAAGCUAACACACAUGGGUCUUCACACGACAGCCGUUACAGGAGAUGGCUUAGAUCAAAUGUUUAGGCAGGAGUGAUAGUCAUUUGUGAGAAGAGCAAACUUCAAUGGUCGAGAAAUUAAAGUGGACCGUGUUGACUUUUCACCACGGACCGAGGGAAAGAAAUGCAAUAUGAGAGUAUAAUAAAAUGUACUAACAAUAAAAUCCUGUUACUCUUGUGUUUGAUGAAGGAUUUGGAGCACAACCACUAUUUUUUUUUUUUUGUGUUUGACUAAGAAGAAAAGAUAUGAAGUAGUUUUGUGAUUGAAGAUGAGAUUCAUAUUCUAAAGAUGGCAGUGCUUAAAAAAAAAAAAACCUGAAUGUCCCUGUCUAUUUUUACAUAACUUGUGUAUUUCAUUCUCAACAGAUGUCCUGGAAGUGUUACAAAGAACAUAGGUUUACAUAGGUUUUAUGGAAAGCAGUUGAAAAGGGAAACACUACAUCCAUAUUUUUCGCAGGAGAGCAGUCAAAAAAUGUUGAAGGCGCGACAGAAUGUUAUAGCAUAAUUAAUGCAGAGUAGAGCCAGGAGAUCACUAGUUUGUGCAUAUGGAAAUUGCUUGAAAUGUGUGCACUAAUGGAUUUAAUCCUUAAGCAGGGACUAAUUAUCUGACUAAUUUUGGCCUCAUAUGUUGUGUAACUCCCUGAGCUACCACUUGAAGUAACUAGAUUUUAAAUAAUAUUCCGACCCAGGAUACCAUGGACUGUAACUUUUACUAGUUUCACUUUGAACAGCAUUUUAUGUGAAAUGAAAAUUAUGGUUAACGUUCUUGUAAUAACAAUUAAGUCUAGGUUGAAGCAAAGGAGAAAUGAUGGGAACAAAUUAUCCAAAUUUGCAGAGAGGGGCAGUUCCUCUGAGGAGAGUGAAAUUAUUAAACAAACAAUUAGAGAGAGUCCUCCAAUGUUUUUUCCCCUGAACAAUGUUACAUUAGGCAGAUUACAGUCGUACACCUCAGCAGCAAAAAUCACCAUGGUAAGAAAUUGAAAACCCCCAAAGCAUGCAGUAUGUUAGAGUUCACCCCAUUUUUUUUUUCCUUUUCUUUUUUUAUUGUAUAUAUGUAUUAUGUAGUGAUGCUAACAAACUAGCCAAGUUGAGUUUUGAUAUGAUGUGUAGUGCUACAUAAAUUGCAUGCUCAAUAAAACGGAUCAUAUUUUGUAAUUUAACUUUUUUUUUUUUUUUUUUUUUUUUAAUUGUUCUGUUUAAUUCUAUAGUUAAUUUCUCAGCAAUAGUUUAUGCUCUUGCUAAGAAUUUCCACAGUGUGAAUUUGCAGUCGGGUACCAAUGAAGUGUGUUUAAAUAUAUUUUUGUGCCAUAUUGUAACGUUGAAUUGCUUAUGUAAUGCCUGCCAAUUCUGCUCACCGUUAACUGUCUAAAAAGAUUUAGCUGAUGUUCAGCUCUGGUUCACAGCAGGAAUGAGUAAUGUUCCCCACACCAUGAAGUUCAGAUUGUGUAUGAAUAGGAAAGGGCAGAGUAAGAGCAAGGUUGAGGAGCAAUAAAAUGGCAGCACAGUUAUAUUCCUUGAAAGGACUUGCAAUAAUACCUGGUGAAAUGAUGUGUUUAAAGAUGUUAAUUUUGUAUUAGCUCAGUAUUGAAAGCCCAUUGAAAUUUUUGCAGAUGGGAUGAAAAUUACUUCAAGUGGGCAGGCAUAUGUAUAUUCGAGAUGGGACCGUUACUGUCUUAAAACUGAACACAACAGAUGAAUGAAAAGCAAGAAUGAGUUUAGUUUUGCAGUUUCUAGAGAUUUUCAGAACUUAUGUGGUUGUUCAUCGACUGCAGGUAUAUAAAUAACAUUAUAUAUUUCUAUUUCCAUGUGUGCGAGUGCAACUGUGCUGCAGUUUUCCUUUACAAUGUGCUUAUUAAAAGUGAUUUAAUUUGGUAUUUG